UCCAAGUUCGAGGUCUGGGCGAGGCACUUUUGCUGUGCAGUGGAUCUUGCGCGCGAUAUCCUCAUCCCCGAGGAAGACCUUGUGCCGCAUAUCAACACCGCGUGCAGUCAUCUCUCGGGAUAUUUCCCUGCUCCAGGGGACGAGCUUCCGGAGUGGGCGCGGAGUGCGCUGUCUGCUGGCUUUGAACGCAUGCACAGCGCCAGCGAGCUGCGCACACGCGCGUCGCUGCAGGCCGAACUCACUAGAUUGAUGGCCACGUCGCAGGCGACCGUCGAUGCAGCCGCAUCGGAGACAGAGGAACCACCGACGAAACGGCGUCGUCAAGCCAGGGGUCCGUCAAGAAGGACGACGUCGAAAAAGACGACGUCGAGAAGGACGACGGGUACGUCGAGCAAGACGAUGGAGAGGAAGAAGCGCACUGAGGCGAUCAUCGCGAUGGGGAAAAUCGUGUCUUUGGGUCGUGCGUGUGACCGCUGUUUCAACAUGGGUAUUGCGGUCAGCGAAUGCAAGGUCCGCGAAGACACGAUGAGUUGCGACAAGUGCGUCCUGGAUAGGAAGGGGUGUAGGUUCAACGACGAGCCUGCUCAGCUGCCGACGGAGGACGAUGCGGACGGCGAAACGGAGGGACCGGAGUCUGAGGACGAAGAUCUGGAAGAGCCAGAUAUCGUCGCUGCUACGACUGUCGCUGACGAGUUCGGGACCCGCGCAGGUACCAGAGAAGCUGAUGAGGACGUGACGAUGCAAGUGCCCGAAGUCCCCCUCAACGAAGCGCCACGCACACCGGAUCGGUCUGAAUCUCCACCAUCCUUCCACUCUGCGACUCCUCUGCCGUCGACUCACCCAGCGCUCGCCUCCCCUGGGCCCUCGAGUCGCCCGAUCGCGCCGAUUCCCCCGAUUGCGCCGAUUCCCCCGAGCCUGCCCACGCCCUCCGCUGCCGCGAUGGGAUUUGCUGCGGAAGAUGACUUGGCCACUAUCGGCAUGUCGCGCGAAGGGAUCAUCAAGAUUCGCGUUUUGCGCAGCGAGCGUAAGCUUCUGAUGGAUCGCCUCGCGUCCAUUGAGCACCAAAUCCGACUCAACGAGGCCCUCGAGCGCGAGAUGACUGGCGAGGACGUGAUGGAAUGCAGCGACGAGGAUGAGCCGUGA